UUUAAAUGCCUUUGAUAUACUCGUGUGCACAUAUACGUGACCUGUUUUAUGUGACAUCUUUAAAAAGGAAUGGUGAUAUGGAAGGCAACUCACUUUAUGUUCUGACUACAUGCUGAUUUGCUUCAUGCAAAUGCAUUUGAGAGGACAGGAGAAGAAGCUUAAGGACUAGGCAUGACGUGUGGGAAAAAAUAUUUGACUCAAUAUUCACUGAUCAACAUUGAGACCCAGAACAAGAAAGGCAUGAAAUGGAUUUUUUCAUCAGAGUCUGGCAGGUGGUCUUUUUUCUCCUUUUCAGCAGCAAAUUCUGUGACUGCUACAGAGUCAGUUGUGUUGGAAAGUUGAUAGUAGACUCAGAUGUCAUCCACCUGGGCUCCAACUUAACUGUGGGUUGCCAGUCAAACACUGAGCACUGUGGCAGACACUUUGCCAUAGUCUUCAAUGGACAGACCAUUUUCGAAACAGUUAACUGCUCUGUAAUAAAAACACAAAUAGUCAUCAAUCAGCCCAGUUUUUGGCUACUCUGCAAGGUGAAGGAGGGAGACACAUGGCACACUGUUUGCGGUCAAGACUUCAAGGCUGGCUACCCUCCAGGUAAACCGAAAUUCAGCUGCGUCACAUACCAAAAUUCAGAGUAUGUUAACUGCUCUCUGAUGGUCACAACUGAGACAUAUUUAUUUACAAAUUUCACAGUGACAUUUCAUGACAGAACUUCCCAGUUCUUCCAGUAUGCGAUGAAGAAAGAUGGUCAUGUCUCUAUUCCACGAUCACUGUUUGUUGAGAACAUGACAUACAAAGUCCAUGUAAGAGGUCACAAUGCAUUAGGAGAGUCACACUCUACUUUCAACUUCUCAAUCUGGGACAUUGUGAUUCCAAGCACUCCAGAGAUAACACGAGUUGUGUUUGAAAAUGGCACUCUUUCUCCUACAAUAUACUGGAAUGGUUCAGAAGAUAACCUGAAACCAAUUUUGAGGUUCAGAGAAGCACAUUAUGACCCGGACUGGCGCCUGGGAAGUGUGAAGGAGCUCCUAGAUGGAUGUAUUCUGAUGCAGGAAGCCUUAGAACCAUUGAUACUCUAUCAGUUUGAGCUGAGAGUGUGCGUUACGUCAACGAACUGCAGCAUGUGGAGUCAUCCCUUCAAUAUAACCAGCCCAGGAAUAGCACCCUCACACAAACUUGAUGUGUGGAGAGUCAUCAACAGGACCAGUACUCAUGGACCUCUGAAUGUCACAGUGUUGUGGAAGCACUAUAAACCAGAAUAUUACAGUGGAGAUGUGUUAUAUUACAAGUUAUCUUAUAAAGAAGAAGGCAAGAUCCGUGAACUGAAUUGCUCAGCUCAUGUCACUCAUCAAACUCUUCAGCUGAGCACAGCAGAGGUUAACGUAAGUGCUGUGACAGCAGCUGGUUCCUCCCCACCUGCACCUGUAAGCUUGACAUAUACAGGUAAACCAGCCCCCAUGAUAACACAUUUAGUUCCAGCAGCAGGGGGCAGUGUGCUUCUAGCAUGGGAUGUGUCUCAUUACAGUGAGGAGGCGAAGGGCAUUCUGGGUUUUGUUGUGCAGUGGCAACAGAGCCCAGUACACAUAGAAUGGAAGAGAUUAGGAAAAGACUAUAAUAUUACAUUCCUACAAGGUAUGCGAGCUGGUGUCCUGUAUAACAUUUCAUUAUAUACUGAAGAAGCCAGUAGAGUUUCAGACCCUGCAUUUGUUCAGGUUUAUGCAAAGGAAGAGAAGCCUCUAGCUGGUCCAGAUGUAUCAAUUACCAAUAUAGGGAAAAAACAGAUUUUGAUCCAAUGGGAUGAGCUCAGCCAAGAAACACAAAGGGGAUUUAUCACAAACUACACCAUUUACUUCCAGAGACAUAUUGACGAGAGACUUCUUCAGAACAAAACUGUGCCUUAUGCAUUUACUAGACCUUUGAGUUGGGAGUUGCAAGGCCAACAGGAGUGUUUCGAUAUCCUGGUCUCUGCAUGGAAUUCUGCCGGUGAAGGGCCCAAAGGAAAGCCUGCCACUUGCUGUUGUCACAGCAAACUAUCAUACCAAGCUGGUUCAGACAAGACAACAGGUGGAAUGAUAGCUGGAAUUUGUUUGGCUGCUGCUGUUCCUAUGGUGAUCCUGGCCAACCUAAUGUACCUGAAAUGUGUGCGGCAAAGAAUGAUGAAAAUGUGCAUGUCCAUUGGAGUCUCUUGGAUUUUCGAAAAUCUACCGAAAUUUGAUAACAGCAAUGCUAUAAAACUACUAAAGGACGACAGCUAUGGCCCUUGGGGAGCUCUUCCUGGAGACAGCGAUCCUCCCUUAACUCCCAUUGAGGAAGUCUGUCUGUCUUUGGAGAGGCAAGACUCUUAUCCAACUGUGCUUCAUGUCACAGAAAUGCCCACGACAGACCUGUUUUGCAUUGAUUCUCCUUAUAAACCUCAGCAAUUGACAGCUUCACAGAGAAAUGAAGACUUCUCUGAGACUACAGAGGAAGAGCUAAAGGAGGAGGACCAAUUCCCUUUGUUGGUGUCUCCAUCACAUCAUGACUUCAGCUGGGAUUUAACCUGUAUUCCCGUGAUACACAGGCGUCUUAAUAGCUUCUUAGCUAUGGAUGGAGCACUGGGAUCUUUGGGCAUUCUUGAAGACCUCCUCGCUCCCCCUCAGACAGCCUCCAAUGAGGACGGAGGAGUGGAAGAGAAUGAGAGGAUUGUGGAAACAGGAGAUGUAAAUCAGAGCACUUUCACAAGUCAAACUGUACUACCCAAUGACCUGGAGAGCUGCCUCAGAGGGCCUGUCUUUGAUUCCAGCCCAUACUCCCCACAAGGGCUUUGCCAGAGUUUUUCAGUUCCAGAAGAGGGUUAGGCACUCUUUAGAACACAUUUUUAAGAAAUAUCAUGUGGCAAGAGUACUUCUGAACUAUAUGCGCAUGGAUGUGAUUUAGCCAUAAACACAAGCAUAUACAGGAUCUUGUAUGGCAUCAUCUUGUACAUAAAGCAUUACGUUUUUUUCAAUUAUUUUACAGUGAUGAUACUCUAUUUUCUCUGUAUUGUCUACAUAUUGUCUGCUAUUUUGUGGCUUUAGUCAGAUACAUCUAAAUCACAUUGUGGUUUCCGCUCACUCUGCGGAUAGUAUCUAAAAUAAGUACUGUACUGUACUGUAUGUUGCUGAUCAAUUUAUUCAUAGUAACGUCGUCCUCUUGAAUACUGUUUUGAUACAAAAGAAAAGAUAUAUGACUGACACACUGCACUUUUUUGUGCUUAAUUGUACUGAAUGUGCAUUUGUAGUGUACUUCAAAUAUAUAUAUAUAUAUACUUGCAUAUAAUAUAAUAUUAACUAAAAAUCCACUUAAAUGUGAAGUAACAUUAUUUAUGUGAAAGUGUACUUCACUUAAAUGUGAAGUAAGUAUAUUUGCGAUACUAGUCUCACCUAGCGGAAUCACAAAAAUAAAGCAUAUUUUUGCACAAUGUUUGAAAAUUAC